AUGGCCGGUACUGAUGACUUCGUCUUCGUGGAGCUUCCAGAAGCCGAAGCAGUUGUGGGAGCCUGUGUUAAUUACGUGCCAGUCCGAGUGACUCUUCAAGCUGCCUGUACCGUGUCAAACCUCCUGCACGCAUUUCACGAGCAACAGACCCGGAGCAUGGCCUUCGAGACUAUUGAACACGACGAUCUGUUGGCGCAGUCGGCCUGCCAGGGGCCCAGUCGAACCAUAAAACAUAUAUUCCGCUUGCCUUAUUAUCAUCCCCGUGAGGCAGGUAGUCCCUUCUCAAAGGUGACUCUUGAGCUUAAGUUUGAUGUUUCGGAUCAGCUGUGGGAUCAGAAUCAGGCUGAUCAGACUUUGCAUCUGUUUAGUCAGACUGCAGUGCGCCUGCUGGAGAGCCCUCCGGUGCUGCCCUUGACUUUUUGA